AUGGCAAAUCGUGAUCGCUUUAAACCAUGCUCUGGCUCUCAGUUAGUAAGUAUGAGACAUUCGUCAGUUAUCAAUGCUGCUCACAAUUUAAAUGCCAACCGACGAGAGAUUUCAGAUAAACUUAAUCCAAAAACCGACUUCAAAAUAUCGGAUUUAAAAAGUCAAUCAUGCAAUGAAAGAACCUUAAUAACUACUCAACAGCAGACCCCAGUGGCAGAUCGUUGUUGCGAGAUGAAAGACAAACCUCUCAAAUUCCAUCUUGUUUCAAUUACUGAAUAUUUAAAAGAAACAACUGUUAUGAGUGGAAAUGGAAUAGAUUUGAAACGUUACAAACUUACACACUGA